AUGGCGGCCAAUAAUAAUAGUAAGAGUCUGAUUGUGGAUUACUCCAAGCAUCGCGAUGCCCGUGUGGAUCGACAGAGCGUCUCGUCGUUGCGGUCCAGUUCCCUGCACGUGCGGCGCACAUGCUCUAGUCAUCGACGACGACCGAUUCGACGACGAGUCUCCGCAAAUGACUUGGAAGCGGCAUUGGCGCAAGUGGAUCGUCUGCUGCGACAACCCAUGAUGCAUUGGGCGCAAGAUGUGGGUGGCGUCGUCACAUCGGUCAAAAUUGGAGGACGCGCCGCACUGGCAAGGACCCCCUUGACACUGACUCCUUCUGCUGCUGGCAGUACUGGAAAGACUGGCACUGGCACUGGUAGUCGACACGGCAGUAGUAGUCACAAUCAUCAUGUUGGUGAACAACAACUCUCGAAAAAGAUCCACUUGGUUCCAUCCCCCAUGAAUGCAUUGAAUACGAGCUUGAACAGUCAGAAACCAACGUUUUUCGGACUCCGCAGUUGUCACCACAUGGAUGAAACGGACGACGAGGAAGAAGAAGAGGACGACGGCUCUGUAUUUGAAGAUUCACAGAGUGUCUUGAGUGACGCGUCGUCUUCUGUAGCGACGUUUGCGGCGGACGAUGACGAUGACGAACUCUUGUCCGCGUCGUGCGCCACUCUUGGGACGGAAGCCACAACGCCUCUGGAUCAGAGCACGGAUACGUCUUCUUCGAAGCAAGACGAAUCACUCCGAGUCAGCUUUCGUUUGAAACGAAGAGACGGCAGUGAUCAUCAACGCCACGGACAACGCCAAGACCGAAAGAGUCAUGAUCGACUUGUGGAUUCUCUUACUCUCAUCUUGGCACAAGCAGAAGAUCCCAAGGCACCAACGACAACGAUGCGUUCCAACAGCAGCAAGCGAAUCUUUAGUAGCAGUAUGCAUGCUGGUGGCAGCAGGAAAGGACAAACGGAUUCGCUCCAUGCAUCUAACGGUGGUAGUACGCACAGUACACGGUCCUUGGGACAACGGACGUCCAUGCCCAUGGUGCUUUCCCCUCGAGAUGCUCGAUCUCUGCGACGCAGUUUUCAUCCACCGCAACCACGAUCCAAGAGCUUUUCAAACGCCACUGCUACUACUGCUAUUGCUAAUACUACUGCUCCAAUUUCACGUCGAACAUUGUCCUUGAAGGAAGCCUCCGUGCAACAGCAAUCGGCACGACACUUGCUACGACAAAUGUCUUUUUCCAAGGCCAGUUUCAAGUGUUCUCUUGACUCCACCAACCAUUUGAGCAAGAAAAAGAUUCUUCCACUGCGAUCGUCAUCCUCCUCUUCUUCUAAAGCAAACAGCAACCACAAUAACAACAGCAGCAGCAACAGCAUCUUGACUACCACCAGCAGUCAUGGCGGUCCUACAUCUCCUACUAGUAGCAAUAUGCGCCGUUCCAGGAGUUUUUCCACGCAACAACAACAACAACAACAACGACUGACGACUAGUAGCAGCAUUCCUUCCAACAAUAGUAUGAAAAAUCCCGAGCUCUUGUUUGCGGCGUCACGCACUACCACCACGCCAUUGGCACGGAUCCGUAGAGAAGCAUCCAUACGCAGUACCAAAAAUCUCUUGUCCGAACCGGCACGGAGAACCAAUCGACGUCGGGGUGGCAUGUCCAAUCUAUAG